UCAUGUUCCUGUAUCAAUCGAACCCACAUCUUUCAGGACUAGAGCUCUUGUGAUUUUUCAUUUUCUCGUCGAAGAAGCAUUAACUAUAUUUAGGGUUCUCUGCUAUGGCUCCCAGAAAGACCAAGGGUAACCGAGAACAGUCUACUGUACCUAGUGCGACGACGUCCGUUAGGGUGACUCGUGCCUCCUCUAAGCGAGCCGCCCAAAAUUCUUUUUCUGUCUCUGAGUUGCCGGAGAAGAAGCCCAAGAAAGCGAAACGAGCCGGCAAGGGAAAACCGAAGGAGGAGCCGAAGGAAGGCCGAAAAGAGAAAACCAAAGCUGGCGAUGAGUCGAAGCAGACCAUCGUGAUUGAGCACUGUAAACAAUGCAAUUCAUUCAAAACGAGAGCUAAUCUGGUGAAAGAAGGUCUUGAGAAAAGUGUUCCUGGGAUCACGGUGAUAUUGAACCCUGAAAAGCCAAGAAGAGGUUGCUUUGAAAUACGGGAAGAAGGAGGUGAGAUAUUCAUUAGCCUCUUGGACAUGAAGCGUCCGUUUACACCGAUGAAGCAAUUAGACAUGGACAAGGUGAUAGCAGAUAUCAUUGACCAGAUUAACAACAAAUGACGACCUCUCCGACAAUGGAGGGAGGAAUUUCUGGUCCAAGUGGUCAUGCCCAAAUGUCCUAAUGAAAGCAUCAUUUUAGUCGCACUUGUCGAAUUGUAUUGUAUUUUUUAGAUAGUGGUUUUUGGUUUGAUAACUUUGUUAAGGAUGACACAUGAUUUGGGUUGUCGGGAACGACUCUUUGCAAACCUGAUUCAGGUUUUGUCGAUCAUAUCCCACAUGUAUGUUGCCUGCCAA